AUAAGCAGCACGUAGAAGGGCCUGGAGAGAGGAAUGGAAGGAUCCAGAACACACCCGAACCUUACUCCGAACCAAUGGCUCCGUAGAAGGGCCUAGAAAGUAGAAACACCACCUUCUUCACUAUAAAACCCACCCAAUUUCAUGCAUCUCCUCAGCAAAACUGAAAUUCAACAAAUUCUCUCUACAAUCUCUCUCAAUCAAUCUUCCAUCGUUUCACAACUUCUACUUAAUUCGCUGCAAUGGCGGAGGUACAGAUGGCUGAUGCAGAGACGUUCGCAUUCCAGGCUGAGAUCAACCAGCUGUUGAGUUUAAUCAUCAACACCUUCUACAGCAACAAGGAGAUCUUCCUUCGAGAACUCAUUAGCAACUCUUCCGAUGCCUUGGAUAAAAUCCGGUUCGAGAGCUUGACGGACAAGAGCAAACUGGAAGCGCAACCGGAGCUCUUCAUCCGGCUUGUUCCGGACAAGGUUAACAAGACCUUAUCUAUCAUUGAUAGUGGUGUUGGAAUGACCAAAGCAGAUUUGGUGAACAAUUUGGGGACAAUUGCAAGAUCCGGAACGAAGGAAUUCAUGGAGGCCCUUCAGGCAGGGGCUGAUGUAAGCAUGAUUGGGCAGUUUGGUGUAGGUUUCUAUUCUGCCUAUCUUGUUGCUGAGAAGGUCAUUGUUACCACGAAACACAACGAUGAUGAGCAAUACAUCUGGGAGUCUCAAGCCGGUGGUUCAUUUACCGUUACAAGGGAUGUUAACGGGGAGCCACUUGGCAGAGGAACCAAGAUCACCCUCUUCCUCAAGGAGGAUCAGAUGGAGUACUUGGAAGAAAGGAGAAUUAAGGAUCUGGUGAAGAAGCAUUCCGAGUUUAUUAGCUACCCGAUCUAUCUAUGGACCGAAAAAACAACCGAGAAAGAGAUAAGUGAUGAUGAAGAUGAGGAGCCUAAAAAAGAAGAGGAAGGUAACAUUGAGGAAGUUGACGAAGAGAAAGAGAAAGAGAAGGGAAAAAAGAAGAAGAUCAAGGAGGUUUCUCAUGAGUGGGAGCUUAUCAACAAACAGAAACCAAUCUGGCUUCGCAAACCUGAAGAGAUCACCAAGGAAGAAUACGCUGCGUUCUACAAGAGCUUGACCAAUGACUGGGAAGAACAUCUGGCUGUGAAACACUUCUCUGUUGAAGGACAGUUGGAGUUCAAGGCGAUUCUUUUUGUCCCUAAGAGGGCUCCAUUUGAUUUGUUUGACACUCGUAAGAAGAUGAACAACAUCAAGUUAUAUGUCAGAAGGGUCUUCAUCAUGGACAACUGUGAAGAGCUAAUUCCGGAAUACCUUGGGUUCGUGAAGGGUGUGGUGGACUCUGAUGACUUGCCACUCAACAUCUCUCGUGAAAUGCUUCAACAGAACAAGAUUCUCAAAGUUAUCAGGAAGAAUCUUGUGAAGAAAUGCAUUGAGAUGUUUAAUGAGAUUGCUGAGAACAAGGAUGAUUACAACAAAUUCUAUGAAGCCUUCUCCAAGAAUCUGAAGUUGGGUAUUCAUGAAGACAGCCAGAACAGGUCCAAGUUGGCUGAUUUGCUCAGAUACCAUUCAACCAAGAGUGGUGAUGAGUUGACCAGUUUGAAAGACUAUGUGACCCGUAUGAAAGAGGGCCAGAAGGAUAUUUAUUACAUCACGGGUGAGAGCAAAAAGGCUGUUGAGAACUCUCCGUUCUUGGAGAGACUGAAAAAGAAAGGUUAUGAGGUGUUGUUCAUGGUGGAUGCUAUUGAUGAGUAUGCGGUUGGGCAGCUGAAGGAAUAUGAUGGGAAGAAGCUUGUGUCUGCAACGAAAGAAGGGUUGAAGCUUGAGGAUGAAACCGAGGAAGAGAAAAAGAAGAGGGAAGAGAAGAAGAAGUCAUUUGAGAAUCUAUGCAAGACGAUUAAAGACAUCUUGGGAGACAAGGUGGAGAAGGUUGUGGUUUCCGACAGAAUUGUGGACUCGCCUUGCUGUUUGGUGACUGGAGAAUAUGGAUGGACGGCUAACAUGGAGAGGAUCAUGAAGGCACAGGCUCUGAGAGACAGUAGCAUGGGGGCUUACAUGUCUAGCAAGAAGACAAUGGAGAUAAACCCUGACAAUCCUAUCAUGGAGGAACUCAGGAAGAGAGCUGAGGCAGACAAGAAUGAUAAAUCAGUCAAGGAUCUGGUGCUGCUUUUGUUUGAGACUGCUUUACUGACAUCUGGAUUCAGCUUGGAGGAUCCAAACACGUUUGGAGGAAGGAUUCACAGGAUGUUGAAGCUGGGUCUGAGCAUUGAUGAGGAAGAAGGAGAGGAUGACGCUGAAAUGCCUGCUUUAGAGGAAGAAGGUGCAGAGGAAAGCAAGAUGGAGGAAGUGGAUUAAGUUGGUUCAUGCCUAGUUAAGUUGGUUCAUUCAGUGUGUGUUUAAAUGGGUGUCUGAAUGGGUCGGUUUUCUUUCUUUUGUUUUGAAGUUGUUAUCGAGUGUCUUUUUGUUGGUCGGGUAUCAAGUGAAUAUUUCCUUAUUGUGUAGUAUGGUUAACAUGUGAAAUACAUACCCCUUUUUUGAGUCUAUUAUUUCCUGGUC